UGUCUCUGUCUAUCAGUCAAAAAUUCAAGAGUUAAGUUGUCGACACGGCUAAAGUUUUAAAGUUUUUACGCUACUCCAAAAGUUAGUUUUUGCAUAAAAUCUUGUGUUUUGUGUUAACUAUGUAUCAUAAUAAAGUGGAUUAAUGUUAAUUUAUCAAUGUGAAGUUUGUUUUCGUGAUGUAUGAAGGCUGUGUAACUGUUUAUUGUUUCAUGUAGGUGGCUACCUACUAUUGUAGUUGGGCCCAAUGUGAAAGUGUUUUGGCAUAAAAUUCAGAUCCCAUUGUUUUAUCUUUCCGGGUAUACGUUGGGAAAAACGUUAAUAAGUGCAGCUUGCGUAAGACGUCGCUCAAUAUUGGUGAAAUGUGUGUUAUUACGGUGUUUAACUUCGAUUAGCUACUGAAUAACUAUUUGCAUGGAAGCUACGGCAGCUACGAUGAAUUUGCAACCCAUAAAGAAUAUAUUUUCCUCAGACGAGGGCGGCGGCAGUUCGGACUCUCGCUCGGACAGCAGCGAGGACGAGGUCACUGAGCACGUGACGAGAUCCACUCCACCACCAGACAUGGCUGCCGCCAGGGCACAGGUGCCCACCAUAAGCGUGACCCCGCACAGUCCGGGGCUGCUGGAAGACAGCUUGCAGCAGUUGCGACGGCUGCAUGCAGCUGUACAGCGCAUGAGAACUGCGCCAUUGCCUCUAUUGGCGACAGGCACGAGCCGUCUAAGUACAUCAUGCCCCUCGCUCUGUAAGGACGGCGUGGUGGAGGUAGACUGCUCGUCUCCCACACAUCUGGACUUCUACCCACAGAGCCGGAAAGGCAGCGGUGAAUCCCGACAAUGGGGUUUAUGGGAGCGUCGGGACGAGGGCCGCCGCAGCAGUUGGGCGGCGCUCGAGCCCGGCCCCAGGACACACGAGUCACAUCGACAGCGCAGUGCGUUGAACGGUCACAGCGCGUCUCUCUCGUCGAUGGAAUCCGAGGGCGAGGUGCCGCGGCCGGUGCGACACUCCACGCACUCGCUCAAUGACAAUGAUCUCGCUAAGGACUUUGAGAAAGUAACAGCGGCGUUACGAGCUGGGGGUGUGGUCCCCGGGUCGGGGGUAGUGGCCCCAGUGGAAGGGGGGAGGCUAGCGGCGCGGCUGCCGCUGCAGAAGUCGGUGUCCACGCCCAGUAUAGUCGCCGCCGUACAACCGCAUCUAGCGCAGCCACCGCCUAACGUUGGCGCGGCGGGCAGUGACUCGGAGAGCGACGACGCGUCCGCCGCCACCGUCGGCGCCACGCAGCCCGCCCGCCUCGCCGCCAACCAUCAGGACCUUGGCUUGCACCGACUUACCUUCCUGGAACAGGCGGCAUUUGAUCAUCAUGCGGAGAAGAGACGGAAACGGGGCAGCUUAUUCUUCAGGAAGAAGAAGGACAAAUCUCGCAAGACCGCGCAUGCGUGGUCCGCGGCCUGCUCCGGCGGCGACUGCGACUGGUGCGGCCGGGCGCUCGCUGACAAACCUGCUUUAUAUUGCGACAAUUGCACGAAAACGGUGCAUCAGAACGUGUGCAAAGAUUACUUCGACUGCAGUAAGCCAAAAGCUUCAAAGACAUCAGUCGCCAAGUCGCUGAGCGCCAACAGUGGUAAGAGCAGCAAGCGUAGCUCUGUCUCCAGCCAAUCACAGAACACCAAUAGCAAGAAGUCCGGAUGCUACUCUCCGUGGCGUCGCGUCGCAACAAAACUCGGCGUGCACACCAGCCACAUCUACAAUGACGACAAAGAUGGCUCCGACCACAAACACGACCAGAGCAACGCAUCAGACGACGCGGGUGUAUCGGAAUGGCCUGAAGUAUUCCUGACUCCGGAGCAGCUCGGAGACGAAGCGAUACGUCUCGGACUGGGCGCCUGCGAGCCGGAUACCUGGGCCGCCGGGGCGCCUAAGGGACUUGCCAAACAACUUGGCGACAGAGAGACAAAGCGACAGGAACACAUCUACGAGUUGAUUCUGACGGAGAAACAUCAUUGCCUGACCAUCAGGCUUAUGCAGAAGAUGUUCGCGGAGGGCAUGGUCCGCGGCGCGGGCGUGUCGGCGGCGCAGGUGUCGCGCAUGUUCCCGCGCGUGGACGAGCUGUGGGCGCUGCACGCGGCGCUGCUGGCCCGCCUGCGCGCCCGGCAGGCCGCCGCGCCCGCCGUCGCCACCAUCGCUGACAUACUCUGUGAUACGUUCGCGCCGCCUGCCCAUCAUAAAUUGAAGGCGGCUUAUGGCGAGUUCUGUUCCCGCCACCGCGACGCAGUGGAAGUGUUCAAGGAGUGUUGUACGCGGGAGCCGAGACUGUCGCGGUUCAUCAGGAAGUGUCAGCAGAACCCGUUGUUGAGGAAGAAGGGUGUCCCAGAAUGCGUGCUAUUCGUAGCCCAACGUCUAACAAAGUACCCGCUACUGUUGGAACCACUCCUGAAGACUGCAGGGGACGACCUCACCGAGCGAGACUUGCUGCAACGAGCGUUGUGCGGAGUCAAGGAGAUCCUAGUGGACGUGGACAACCAGGUGGCUGCGAAGGAGCGCGAGGACCGUAAACUGGAGAUAUACCACCGCAUCGACGCCAAGUCCUUCGCCAACUUCAGGGGACGCAAGUUCAAGAAGAGCGACAUACUGCAGGGGAACAGGAGCCUGAAGUUCGAAGGCGUAGCGACAUUGAUGCAGGGCCGCAGUAAGAUGCAGACACUACUGGUGAUAGUACUGACCGACGUACUAUUCUUCCUACACGAUAACAACAACAAAUAUACCUUCUUUACGCCUGAUAACAAGACGGGCGUAGUAUCCCUAGUAAAGCUGCUGGUCCGUGAGAAGGCGGGCGCGGAAGGCCGCGGCCUGUACCUGAUAUGCAGCGGGCCCACGGAGCCCGAGAUGUUCGAGCUAAGGGUGCAUCGGCCCAAGGACAUACAGACCUGGAUACAGGCCAUCAGGGCGGUAGUACAGAGUUGUCCGGAAGAGGUAGAGGAAUCAGAAGUAGGAGCGACGGCGCCCUCUGCCGAGGAAAGGCAGCGGCAACUGGACGCCAGGCAUGAGAAUAUAAGACUGAUCACUGAUGAGACUCCAUGGUGGCAAAUAGAAGAGGCACUAAGGGCUAAGGACAGGGAGCAUGCGACGUUACUGGAAGAGAAGAUGGCUCUACAGAUGAAGAUGGUGGGCAUCACGGACGAGACGUGGCUCACGCUGCCGCACACAGGUCAGUUGCGUAGCAGCACAGCCUUCCCCGGACUAGUGUUCCCAGACUACGUGCGUCUAGCAGCGCCCUCUGCUGACAAGUACGCGCUGUGGCAGGACGUCUGCAAAGUUGUUAUGGACGCCUUAGAAGCGAGUAGUGCUCCGUGGCAGAGUGGCGGAGCGCUCGGCCGCAGCACUAGCUCGGCCGGGGAGCGCCACUCGGUCGCGUACGAGAGCCCCGCGCUGCCCAGGCGGGCUGACACCUUCGCUGGAUUCGAUGCUAACAAGCAUAGAGUGUCAAACGUAACGCUCCGUAUGUCGACGGACACGCCGACGGAGGGCGGCGAGGCGGAGGCGGACAAGGCGGGCGAGGGGGGGCCGCCCCCCCUCAGCGGGGACGCCGCGCUCAAGCUGCAGCACGCCAUCUACACGCUCACCUGCAUCGUCUGGCAGCAACUCACUACCAUACACAGCCUAGAAGCGCAAGUGAGCGCGUGGCGCUGGCAGGGCGGCGGCGGGUCGCGCACGCCCGACUGGUCGGACGCGCAGCUGGAGGAGCUGCGCCACGCGCAGGCGCGCCUCACGCGCGACCGCGCCGCCUUCGACGCGCAGCGCGCCGCCGACCACGCCGCGCUUGCUGCAGAACGCCAACAGCUACAAGCCGCGCGACAAGAGUUGGCCGAGCAACAGAAGGACGUAGAACAACAGAGGGAGAGGCUCUUCAGGCGACUCGAGCGGUUGCAGCAACAUGCCGGUGGAUCCCAAGAGGAGAUAGCGAGUGUGGGCACUCUGUCGCCGGACUCUAGCGUCAGUGACACUACGCGGCGGAAAGAACCCAAGUGGCGAAAUAACCGCGGCUCGACGGGCUCUGAAUCGUCAGUGUCGGCGUGCAGCGCCCGCGUGGGCGUGCUGCCCCCGCCGCAGCUACUGUCCGCGCAGAACGAGACGCGCGCCACUGUACACGCCUCCGCUAUAUCGCAAAUGGUAAAACAGCAGCUGCCGCUGAAGCUGGCGAGCGGCAAGAGCCAGCAACCCCCGCCCGGGUACCAUCGCCUGCACGAGUCGCCCAGCGAGCACCAGAGCCAGGGCCUAGUGAUCCACCACACGCGCACCGGCAGCUCGCCCGCACCGCUACCCUCGCAGCAACAGAUCAAUAACAAAGCCACCAGAACAAACACAUACCCCAAAUUGCCGGACAAGUUCCGCGUCCGAUCCCCCGACACGGGAGCGUCGACUGCCUCCCCCCCCGCAGCGGCUUCCGAAGAGGAGGUGAUCUUCUUCUGACACCCACCACCCGACGCGCCACAUACGCGCUCCUGAGACUGUCGCCUCUCAUAAGACCUUCCGCCAACUUCUGAUGCCCUGGUACUUUUUACUUUAAUUUAGGGGAAGACUUUGUGAAUGAUUUUCGAAUUUUUGCGCUUGAUAGAUGGCGCUGAGGACGCUUAAAGGCAUUUUAGUCUAAUAUUAAACUAUCGAAAUUUGCGAAAAUACCAGUGAAUAUUCUUGGCCCUUAAGUUUCUUUAGCGCUUCGUGUUAAGGCAAAAAUCACACCGUUAUGAUGAACCUAUGAUCAAUAUCAAAGUUUGAUAUUUAAACGCCAUUAAUAUAGAACUGUUAACUAUGAUUCUUAUCUCAUUACAAUAAGGUGUAAAGUAAAACAAAAACUAAAUGACAAUACAUAAUGAAAUAACAGACGUCUAACUGCCAAUUUCACUAACCGAUCUCAAUCCAAAAUUUUUAAGAUGGAUUUUUGACUUUAGUUCUAUAGAGUUUCUGUCUGUUGCCGUAAUGUGCACCUCUGCCUACCCCUUCGGGGAUAAAAGGCGUGACGUUGACGUAGUUUCUGUCAAAAAUGAAGAUCGAUCCAAAGAUUUUGAAUUAAGAUUGAUUAUUGACUUCUGUAGUACGAGUAAGGACUUUACCCGAUUAUGGCGAAAUUCGAUAUAUAGUCAUCUUUGGAGUCUUCCCCUAACUUCCACUAACAUUAUUUUGCAGCUUUUAGAGUUAAGUUUACUUACAUUUUAUUUAAACCAUAUUGUUUUCUGAAGUAACAUAAUGAUUAUAUUACGUCCUAUAUUGCAGCUUAAUAUACUAAAAGAGCAAAACUAACUCAAGUUUAUAGUCAUUCAAUAAUAGACUCUAUUUUAAAUAACAGUAACUUGCAUUUUCAACCCUAAUUUAAGUUUUGAUGAAACAAUUUGUAUGUUCCUUCAUUUUAAAUGCAGUCGUAAUAUUUAAUUCUACUUUAUAAAAUCAGGCUAUUGCUGACUAACUGAAAAGGAUAUCAGUCAGUAUUUCUUAUUUUUUAAUAUACCUACUUAACAUUAGUGAUGUGCUGGCUUCAGAGAACGAUAAGUCAUUUAAAUCGUUCCAGUUUAUACCGAUUAAUAAGAAUCGACUAAUUUCAAAGUUUUAGUCAGUACAUCUCUAGUCUAAAUACUAACCCAAGAGCUACGAUUUUGUAAAGAAAUCAUGAUUAUUCUAUGUCCUAUUUAAACGAAUAUUAUUUUAACGUAAAUUUUAAACUCAUUGCUCUGAAUAAAACUUUAUCGAUAUUCCUAUACAGUUGUAAAAUCAGUAUUUUCAAAAAUUUUACGCGCACUUUUUAUUAUUACACGAAAAUAAUAAAAUUUAUUCAAUAUAAAGUACAAACAAUAUAAUGAGAGCUUAAAACAAUUUUUCAGACAUUCCAUUUUAACUAAAAUGAUCUCUAUUUUAACUCAAACUAAGUCUAUUUUACUGUAAAAGUAUUUUAUCAGCAGCUUCGCACUAAGGCAACUAUUUACACUGUUCCUUUUUUAAAUUAUUCACUAUUUUUAAUAGGAAGGUCGAGUGAGGUGCAAAAAAUAUUUAGAUUUAAUCUUAUAGUAAAGAAAUGACGAUUUUAGUCGAAUAUAUUAGUCGAUUUAUGGCGAAUCGACUAAAAGUGGUACUUCUAGAUAUAGUACUAAAUAAUCCGAAUACAGACUAUGCGUUACAAAACGUAUUUCAAUAAUAAACUUCUGUGUCAUUGUUAAAACCAAGAUCUGAGAAAUAUAAUAAUUGGCGGGAACUAAAAACUCGCCAUUUAUAUGUAUUAACGAAAUGUAUAUUAUAACCAACAAAACAAAGAGGUGGGCGAUAAAUAUAAAUUAAAUCGAUUUCCCUAUUACUUAUCUACGGUUAAUCGAUUAAUCGGCAAUCGUUACUUAAUCGAGACGUUUCUAUUAUAACAUCUUGUUAUUAUGUAUUUAAACAAUUGUAAAUUCUACAUCACUUAAUCGAUUAAGUAUCGAGAAGAUGAAUUGAUACCGAUUAUU